UCAAAUACCGAGAAAGAUGAAUCUCGUAAGAGAUCAAGGAAAAAUAGAGCAAAAAAAGAUAGGAACUCAUCAAUGAGCAGCAAUGAUACUGAACUGUCAGAUGACAGUGUUAUAUGAGACAGUAUGCCAAAAACACCGAAGUUUUCAAAGAAAGUUACACAUUGGAAAAAAACCGAAAAUGCACAAAAAAACAAUGUGAAUUCUUCUAAUGACGUGAGAAUCUUACUCGAAUGUGUCGUACAUUUAUCGUAUAAAAUGGAAAAAAAAGUGUACUGUGUAUUUGGUGAGAGAUGCAAGUGCAUCCGAUAUGUAAAGCAAUCAAAUGAGAAAGACGUAGCUGCCGUAAAGAGAGCUUUAUUGGAAUCUACAGCUACAGACACAUUGUUGUUGGCAAUGAUGAAAGGAAAAUCCAUUGUUCUACAGAAACAAGAUCCGGAUAGAAACAAUCGUCUACGCGAUAUCGACGACGAUGAAGACAUUUCUGACAAAGAAGAAAUUUCGAUUCUCUUUAUCGCGCUACCUGAACAGAGUGAUUCAAAUACACCGGCAACUGCCCGUAAUAAUCUUUGGGAGAACGAGCCUAUCGUGGUGGAUAUUCCUGUUGUAUAUCCAGUCGAACCAGAAGAACUGUCGCCGAUGACUGAAGCGAUACAAGUCGAUAUCAGCGAUGCUGAUAUUGCGGCUACCAAAAAUCAAGUUAAUCAUGCGCAGUCAAGUAAGAGUGAGCUUGGAGACUCAUCAUCGUCAAUUGCAACAGGAAAUAUUUCUCCGAUGCAUCGAGGUGCUAGGUGUGCAGUGCCUUAUCCAGCACAUCUACCACAACUGACACCAAAACUUCAAAGAAUAUUGGAAACCGUAGGCGUUUUUCAUGGCGUAAAAGAUUUCAUCUAUUUCUGGGCUUCUUAUUUACUUGACAUUACUGACAACCAGCCUACGAAGCAAGAUUAUCAGAAUCUUGCAGUGACCAUAGUAGAAACGUAUCCAUCUUUGAAGGGAGGAACCAACGGAUGCGGUAUUGUAGUCGACACAGCUCAGCAUCAACAUACGGAAUCGACGAGCAAAUUUGAAAAAGAAGAUAUUAAAAGUAGACGCUGCUGAAAUACCCAGAAAGCGUUCGACGAAUGACGCUGUAGUAUUUCAAUCAGAGAAAUUACAGAAAACUGAUAUUGAUACAGAAACGGCUCUAAAACAAUUACAAAAAAAAGACCAGGCCGUCGAUUCACUACACGUAAGACGUCUCCUCCAGGAAACGUUGUCUGCACGACGAUCUUGGAUUGAAAAAGACGCAAAAGAAUUAUCCGACAUAAUUAUGAAAUUUCCGCAAUUGGCAAUAUAUGACUUGAUCGUUUUCGAGUUCAUAACUUGGAAAAAAUUAAAUCUGGAAACUAUUUUCCAAAGCGUUAAUAGUUUAAUUAAAACCUUGGCCACAUAUUACUGCAUUGAGCCAAUCACCGACGUCGG